AUGUCAGCUAUUUCAUUCAAUACAGACAAAUAUCUGUCUGUUGAAACACAUGGUGGUGUACGUCAAUUUACACCCGAGCUAUGGGAUCAAGCAGUCAGUGUCUAUCGUCCUGAUGUAGUAGCAGCCAUGGCAGAUGUGAUUACCGAUACAGAAGCAAGAGCGAAACGCAUCAAGAAGUCUGUGGAUAGAUCGUUGCGUUGGUUAGAUCAAAACUUGAUCAAAGCCAAAGAAUUAGAUAUUCCAGUCUUUGCACCUGUGAUGGGAUACAACAAUGUAGAAGAACGUAGCCGAUCUGCUGCUGCUACGGCUGAACGCGAUGUGCAAGGGUUCAUUGUGAAUGUACUGGAUAUGAAUCGAGAUCAAGUGGGUACAUUAGUCAAAGCUUCCACGGAUAGUUUGCCUGCAGAUAAACCUAGACUUGGCUAUGGAUUAUCUACACCUGAAGGCAUUUUAGAAGGCAUUUCGAAUGGCAUUGAUCUGUUUGAUGGUAGCUAUGCAUACAAAGCGACUGAAAAGGGACGUGCCAUUAUUCUCAAGUUUGGUCAAGAACUCAAGGAUCCAAAGACAGACGGAUCUGAAGCCAAGACAUUGAAUUUGUGGGAUAGUGGAUUAGCACAAGUGUUUGAUGUGCUUGAUUCUAGUUGUGAAUGUGAUGCUUGUUCAAGGCCUCAUUCAAAGGCUUACAUUCAUCACUUACUGAAUGCACAUGAAAUGUUGGGCCCUCUUUUACUCAUGAGCCAUAAUGUAUAUCAAUUGGACAAUUUCAUGAAAUCCAUUCGUAAGAGUAUUGAAGACAAUCGAUUUGAACAAGACAAAGAAGUCUUUAUGAAGCACUAUAGUCACAUUAAAGAAGGCGAUGGUAUGAAGAACCAUGAAGAUGAAUUAGAUACAGAGUGUUUAGGUGUUCAUUUAAAGAAAAAAAGAACUUUGUUGCUUUAA